UCAUUUCAACCUUUGGUGUCUGCUUCACAAACAAAAGAUUUAAUUCUUCUUUGGCCUAAGCUCCGCCUGUUGGCCUCUCCCCCUUUCAGAGACAGCAGCAGCACCCAGGCUGUGUGUUACUUCAGGGGGAAAACAGAAGUGGCCGCCAUAUGCUUAGCAUUUUUGUAACGUCUCAGUGAAGUGCUCUCGUAAGGGGGAAUAAGGCAGAUCUCUUUAAUGGGAAGUUCACAUUUACUAAGCAAGGGUGGCUUGCCUCUAGGGACUCCUACAACUUUUAUGUGCUGGGUGUUUGUGUGGUACAUGAGUGCACAGCUGCCGAGGUAUUUCUAUCGGGGACAUUCUGUAAUACUUGGAAUUGUGUGACUGGAAUCAAACAUCUUCCAGGCUGUGGCCUGCCAAAGUGGAGGCAUUCGACCUCCUAUAAUGAAUGGCCCCAUGCAUCCGCGUCCCUUGGUAGCAUUACUGGAUGGCAGGGACUGUACAGUGGAGAUGCCAAUCCUGAAGGACGUGGCUACAGUGGCUUUUUGUGAUGCACAAUCCACCCAAGAAAUUCAUGAAAAGGUACUAAAUGAAGCAGUGGGCGCUCUGAUGUACCACACUAUCACAUUAACACGAGAAGAUCUGGAAAAAUUUAAAGCGCUUCGAAUAAUCGUUAGAAUUGGCAGUGGUUUUGAUAAUAUAGACAUCAAGUCUGCAGGGGAAUUAGGUAUAGCAGUAUGUAAUGUACCUGCUGCGGCCGUGGAGGAAAGUGCCGACUCUACAUUGUGUCACAUUCUGAACCUGUACAGGCGGACAAGCUGGCUACACCAGGCCCUUCGAGAAGGUACAAGGGUGCAGAGUGUUGAACAGAUCAGGGAAGUGGCCUGUGGAGCUGCUAGGAUACGAGGCGAGACAUUGGGCAUCAUCGGAUUAGGGCGUGUUGGCCAAGCAGUGGCAUUAAGAGCGAAAGCAUUUGGCUUCAACGUAAUUUUCUAUGAUCCUUAUCUUUCCGAUGGGAUUGAGCGAGCGCUUGGUCUACAAAGGGUGACCACUUUACAGGACCUGCUGUUCCAUAGUGACUGUGUAACCCUGCACUGCAGUUUAAAUGAGCAUAACCAUCAUCUAAUAAAUGACUUCACCAUUAAACAGAUGAGGCAAGGAGCCUUCUUAGUGAAUACUGCCCGAGGUGGGCUGGUCGAUGAAAAGGCAUUGGCUCAAGCAUUAAAAGAAGGCAGGAUACGAGGUGCAGCACUGGAUGUCCAUGAGUCAGAGCCUUUCAGUUUCAGUCAGGGUCCUUUGAAAGAUGCUCCCAAUCUGAUCUGCACUCCACACGCAGCCUGGUAUAGUGAACAAGCCUCGAUUGAAAUGAGGGAGGAAGCGGCCCGGGAAAUCCGAAGAGCAGUCACAGGUCGCAUUCCAGACAGCCUGAAGAAUUGUGUCAAUAAAGAUUAUUUGACUGCAGCGACGCAUUGGGCCAGUAUGGAUCCAACAGUUGUGCAUCCAGAACUUAAUGGGGCUGCAUAUAGGUACCAGUCUGGUGUUGUAAGUGUUGCUCCUGCUGGUUUACCAUCAGCUGUAGAAGGAAUUGGCCAAAAUGCAAUGUCAGUAUCACAUGGCAUUCCGACUGUAGCCCAUCCUCCGCAUGCUCCUUCCCCUGGCCAGACAGUCAAACCAGAAGCUGACAGAGAUCAUUCAGCAGACCAAUUGUAGCGCAUUCCUAACAACAGAAUUCACAUGGCUGGAAGAUAUCAUGGGAGAACAGAGAAACAGAAACCUGGCUUCUGAACAGAGCUAAAAAUUGAACUUACGAGAUAUUAUAAUUUCUUUAGAAACUGGUCCAAUAUAUACAGGAAAAAUCGCAAGAGAAGAAGAGAAGAUUUGGAAGCUUUUUCCUCCAUAUAAAUUGUAGUUUAUCCCUGUCCAGUGGACUGAUUAACUGUUUCUGUGUCAUAUGGGUUCCUUGUUAAGCAGGAAAAGUUAGUAGUUAAUUAUAUCAUGAAUGUAAUUUGUCUGUGUACAGUUUUUAGAACAUUAAAUGGUUUGUUUGCUUAGUUAUCAACAGGAAAAAUACAAGAGAGGAAUUCAGCAAACCAGUUCUGAAAUAAUAAACUUUCUUUUAUACAUUAAAACAUGCCCCAAAAAGGCAGUUGGCAAGAUUCUCAGGACAACAAAAUUUCCCACUUUUCUUUUGUAUGCCACACGGUGCACUGUUUUUGUAUCUGUUUGUCUUAUUUUUUUAAGAAUGAAUUAGAAACAAAAAUUAAUUUCUUUUAAUUUUGGCAUGAAUACCCUGAAUUGAAAUGUAAAAAAAAAAUUUUGCAGAGAGAUUUUGAGGAAAAAAGGUUUCAUAUAAAGAAGCAUUGUACUUUUUGUCACCAGGUAAAAGUGUAUAUUAUUGGUGGUAUGCAAAACGGCACUAACCUACUGAAGAGUAGCUGUGUUUCAUUGCCUACAUUGACCCCUUCCUGGUAAUGUGGUAGGCUAGCAAUAUUUUUGGUUAAACUCAUGUCUGUGACUGUAACCAUUUGUAUGAAUUAUUUUAAAGAAAUAAAAAUCCCAUACAAAUGUCA